CAUUUCGAACAAUGGACCUUCUAAGUCAAAUUGAGGCGAGGAAAAAAAAGUUAAAAGCAACGACUACAAUAUUAACAAAUGAAGCAGGCGAGAGAUAUGAAAUAUAUGAUGGUGUUGAACGUAAAUUGAAGGAGAAACGUUUGCCUUUCGUAGUGGAUGAGAAACCAGACAUGCAAAUAGCACGAAUCACGGAAGGAUUAUUUCUGAGUUCUCAGGAUCCUGUGACGAACGAGGAAUCAUUGAAGAAUCAUUGCAUACGUCACGUUCUCAGUCUCGGAAUAAAAGUUCCCGUUGAGCUAGACGGAAUCAAAUAUCAUUUCGUGGAUUUUCUUGAUUUACCAGAAUUUGAGAUAUCCACAGUGAUCCCAGAGUGUCUGAGAAUAAUACACGAAUGCAAGAGAGAUAAUAUUUUAGUACAUUGUAACGCAGGUGUUUCUCGCUCGGCGACAAUUGUUAUUGCUUAUUUGAUGGCAACAGAAAAUUUCAAAUACGAGGAAGCUUAUGAAAGGGUGAAAUCUCUGAGAACUUGCAUCCGACCAAACGACGGUUUCGUUAAGCAAUUACAGUCGAUCUUGAAUUUGAAAUCCAUGCUUUCUGAGAAAUAUUCUAAUCACAUCGAGGAGCUCUGAAGAAAUUAACACUCAGCUUUGGUUCCGUGAUCAAAUACUACUUCAAUUUCGUUUUGUGUUUCUUUUUACUGACAUUUUAGCUUAAAUAAAAAAUAUCGGAUAUGGUCAUGACUUUGCUGUACAAAUAAAUUAAAAAUUAAUUUUUUCUUAUAUCUGAAAGAUAAUCGAUAACAGGGUAUAAGAUAUUUUAUAUAAAUUUUCCGAUUAUUUUGAAAAAAAAAAUUGCAGAGACGAUUGAUGGAAUUUUUUCAGUGAAUAGGAAGAAGGUGGAUUAUAGUAAAUAAAUCGAAACAAACAAAAGUCAUUGGUUAACAACAUUUCAUUUACUUAUGUGUGUGGUAUUAUGCUAUUAAAGAUUUUCACUUUUGUUCUUGUUGUUGACGUUUUAUAGCGAAAGAAAACAAUUCAUAUUCGCUUAUUAUGUGUUUACAAUAGUAGUAUAAUUAUAAAUUACACUAGCUAUAAUAUAAUAUCCCCCUAUAAAUCAAUUAUAAAAUGAUAUUAUGUUCAUGCAGAGCUUCCUUUUACGAUAUUCGAUGGCCGAAAACGAAGUUUCAUUUAUAUAUGUAUAUGUAUAUAUAAUAUAUAUUUAUAAUUUUUC